UAAAAUAUCACAAUUUCUUAAGCUUUUUUAUUCACACCAAAAUUUAAAAUAUUUCUUUGGUCUAACUUUUAGAUACGGUUACGUAAAAACUGGCACUCCCGCUAGAAUCAUAAACAUUGAAUCCACAUGUAAUGUUAUGGAGUCGAAACGAUUUAGUAGAAGGUGGCAUAUUUUGUCGAAUAUUGCUAAAAAGUCACUUAAAGUCGGUGCCGCUGUUGUUGUUGGUGUGGUAGUUUAUCAGAGAUGGAAAUACAAUGAUAAGGUUUUGUACGCAUCGUGGACUACCAACUAUGAGCCCUCAGUUAAAUGGGAUUUUAAUUGGGACAGAAGAGAACCUUCAAGUCUGCUUCCACCCCCUAAAGGCAAAACAGAUUCAGAGUUGGCUGAUUAUAAAAAGCAACUAGAGAAUUCUACUCCAACUGCCAGUCGGCAUCUUCUUCUAAUUCGACAUGGACAGUAUUUUGAUAAUGCUGCUGUUGACAAGGAUCGCUUUUUAACUGCAUUGGGUCGUGCCCAGGCAGAAGUGACUGGCAUGAGAUUGAAAGACUUGGAUCUGCCCUACACCGUCCUUAUCUCCUCCACCAUGACCAGAGCCAUAGAGACUGCCAAGUUGAUUCAUAAACAUUUGCCUGAACUAGAGUAUAAGCAAGAUGAAAUUUUAAGAGAAGGGGCUCCUAUUCCUCCUGAGCCACCACUUGGUAGUUGGCGGCCUGAGCAAAAGCAGUUCUUUCAAGAUGGAGCCAGAAUAGAAAGUGCCUUCAGGAAAUAUUUCUACCGAGCUGACCCAUCACAGAAAGAAGACACCUACGAAGUAAUUGUGUGCCACGCCAAUGUCAUACGAUACUUUGUAUGCAGAGCACUUCAGUUCCCACCCGAAGCUUGGUUGCGCUUUGCCUUAGCCAAUGGAAGCAUAACUCAUAUUUGCAUCCGACCAUCUGGUCGGGUGUCUGUGAAAUCUGUAGGAGAGCAUGGACAUAUAAAAGCCCAAGAAAUAUCCUACAAUUAAGUUUACAUUACCAGCAAUCGUUGAUAUAGAACAAUUCAUGUAUACACAAUGUGUGUUAAUGUGCAUCUUCACCGUUUGUUCAUUUGUUUGUAUCUUUUUUUUAUGAAGUUUCUUUCAAUGUUAAUUUUGGUUCAUGUCAACAUUCAUAUUUGUACAUUUGUUAUGAAAUUCUGUUUUACAUAAGUUAAGAUUUAAUAUUGGUAUACAUUCAUAGUGCUUUUUAUACAUAUUCACUUGCCUAUACAUUUUAUACUCUUUUACUGUAUUUAUUUUUAUACAAUGUUGUUGUUUUUUUUUUUACUCUAAUUUAAAUGUUGUCCAGGAUACAAAUCAAUUUGAACUUGAAGAAUUUUUUAAAGGCAGGUUUCCAUGAUUCAAGGAUCAUUUCACGGCUACAGUCUUAGUUGAUGGGUUGCAAUAUUGUACUAGUCAAACUUUUCAUAUGUUGUACAAAUACACACUAGAGCAAAAUAUACUCUUAACCAAUGUUCAACUUAUGGAAAUCCAUAGUAAUGAAUUAAAGCAGUCGUUUACACUGAUAAAAUCUUAAAUUAUUAUUUUUUCUUCUGGAAUGAAAGUACAGUUACGGUAUUAAAAUUAUUUCUGUUAUAGAUUGAGAAAUCUGUUGCAUAUAUACACCUUAAAUAUGCUUUAAUGUUUUGUUUUCUAUCCCUACUAUAGCUCACACUUUGGUUGUAGUUUGCCAUUGGAAUCAAUUAUUUUGACAAUUUUUUAUUAGCCUAUUGAGCUAAAAUGUCACACAUAACUCGUGCUGCAUGACAAUACAUUUUUUUGUUUAAAUUAUAGAAAGAUUUCUUCAUCAUUUAAAUAACAUUAUUUGGAAAGAAUGUAAACAUUAUCUAAAAAAAACCCAAUUGGUGGCUACCUUAAUUUCCAUUCAUUGAGAUGUUAUUCAUAGCCUGCUAGCUAUAUUGUUAAGAGCGUCAUGCUAAUAGCAUAAAUGUCAUGGGUUUGAUAACCUCCCUAUAUUGGCCAUUUGUUGUCAUUUUACAAUGAUGAAUACAAUAUGAAGGUUUAGUUGACUCUUUUAUUUGAACUUAAAGUAGGAGUGAUCUUUUUUUUUUUUUGUUUCAAAUUAUUUUAAAAGAAACCUACAAUACAUAAAUAGGUUUUAGGUUGUAUUUUUUAUGGCAUAUCAGCAUAAUUUAGGCUAUGUCGUACCCUAAGACAUUAAUAUUUACCAAAUGUAUUUAAUCUCCUUGGAUAAAUAUAAAUAGCUCAAUAAAACAUUCGUAAAAUUAAUUUAGAAUUUGUUAAAAGUUUAGUGAUCUAAUAAAACUACCCGAUCAUUAUAAUGGUACAAAAGUAUUUAUUUGUAUUAUUUGAGUUACUAAUGUAAACUUAAAUAUCCCAACCAAUGGUUUUCUUUACAAAUCAUAGGUACUGGGUGCGUUGUCCUACUGGAUACAUUUAUAUUUACUUCAGAUUAAAAACAUAAUUAUUAUAAGGUUUUGUGACUUUUUUUUCAUUAAUAUUAAAAUAUUAGCAGCUCCAUUGAAACGUUAAGCACAAAGAUUCUAUUUAGAAUUAAUGCAGCAAUAUGUUUGAUUGGCUUUUAUUUCUAAUUAGAGCUCUUCAGUUCCCUGGUGAAGCCUGGCUCAGACUGUGUGUAGCUAACUGCAGUAUGAGUUUGAUUACUAUUCAGCCUGAUGGCCUAGUCGUUUUGGAAAUGAUGGGGGACCAUGGACAUAUUGAGCCGGAACAUAUCACA